CCCCUCUCCGCCCGUGGGCGGGCGGAGCCGGCGGCGCCGCGGGCCCCCAUGGCGGCGGCGGCGGAACGCACGGACGAGUUGGUGCGGGAGUAUCUGCUCUUCCGCGGCUUCACCGCCACCCUGAAGCAGCUGGACGCCGAGAUCAAGGCGGACCGGGAGAAGGGUUUCCGGGUGGAUAAGAUAGUGGACCAGCUGCAGCAGUUUGUUCAGAGCUAUGAUCUGGCUGCCCUGCGGGAUUACUGGAGUUAUCUGGACCGCCGCCUUUUCAGCCGUUUGGAAGACGUGUAUCGGCCAACAGUKAACAAGCUCAAAACCAGCUUAUUCCGACACUACCUUGUCCAUGCUAUUCAGAAUGGCCGCAAUGACAAGGCACAAGAGUUUUUCCUCAAGCAGGCCUCUGAGCUCCAGAACCAGGCAGAGUGGAAGGAUUGGUUUGUCCUGCCCUUCCUCCCUGCUCCAGACUCCAACCCCACCUUCGCUACCUAUUUCUCACGCCAGUGGGCAGAUACGUUUAUUGUGUCUCUGCACAACUUCCUGAGUGUCUUAUUUCAGUGCAUGCCAGUUCCAGUCAUACUGAACUUCGAAGCUGAAUGCCUCAGGAGCAGUCUCAUACAAGAAGAAAAUGAAUCGUUGCGGCAUAAGCUGUUUGCUCUGCAGGCUGAAUCCUCCCGCAUGAAGAAAGAGGAACUGGAGGUGGAACAAACAGUUAUGCAUCACAAGUUGCCUGCAUAUGUGGCCAACAUGGAUCGACUAGGGGACUCUGAACUAGAUAUGACCUGCAAUCAGAGGAGUACAGCACAUUCUCUUCAGUCCCGGGGAGGCUUUCUGUCCUCUUUCCUCUCCCAAAGUAAAAAGGGUCCUUCCAGACCUACCCAUUCAAGUGGGGCUUCUCCAACACAGACUGGCAGUAUUCUGCUAGGGAAGAAGGAGACAACAAACCACCAGAGUGCCAAAGGAAAAGAAGGAACAGUGAGCUGUAAGGAUGGGAAGAGCCACUUCAGUGGUUUAGUGGCAGGCGAGUCAAGUUCCCUKCAGCAGCGGCAGAAACGUUUGCAAGAGCAUGGGAAAGAAAGGAAGGAAUUGUUGUCAAAAGGGACCUUCCAGGAUUUCUUCCUUCAGGGCCAAAGUGCUGAGAAGAAAACAGAUACUAGCAUAGCUGAGGCAGAACCAUGCUCAGAGCUGAAUGCUGAGCAAACAGAGACUUCAACCAAAAUGCCUGGCAGUGGUGCAGAGGCUGUGGGGGUUCGGCARGAGCAGCCUUUCAUCGUCCUGAGCCAGGAGGAAUAUGGGGAGCACCAUUCAUCCAUCAUGUACUGCAGGGUUGAUUGUUCUGGACGGAGGGUGGCCAGCUUGGAUGUGGAUGGGGUCAUCAAAGUCUGGUCUUUUAACCCCAUAAUGCAAACUAAAGCUUCAUCCAUUUCCAAAUCUCCAUUGCUGUCCCUGGAAUGGGCCACCAAGCGUGAUCGGCUGCUAUUGCUUGGCAGUGGGGUUGGCACAGUUCGUCUUUAUGACACAGAGGCAAAGAAGAAUCUCUGUGAAAUCAGCAUUGAUGAAGACAUGCCCAGGAUCCUCUCGCUUGCCUGCAGCCCAAGUGGUGCCUCCUUUGUCUGCUCUGCAGCAGCCCAGAGCCCCAUCUCCCACAUUGACUUCUCAGUAAUCAACUCUGGGGGCAAAAGCAUGAACCAAGUUCCUGGGAAGCUGCUACUGUGGGACACUAAGACGAUGAAGCAGCAGCUGCAGUUCUCUCUGGAGCCUGGGCCCAUUGCUAUUAACUGCACAGCCUUCAACCACAAUGGCAACCUCCUGGUCACUGGGGCUGCAGAUGGGAUUGUUCGUCUCUUUGAUAUGCAGCAGCAUGAGUGCGCCAUGAGCUGGAAGGCACACGAUGGGGAAGUCUACUCCGUCGAGUUCAGCUAUGAUGAGAACACAGUCUACACCAUAGGCGAGGAUGGCAAGUUUAUUCAGUGGAAUAUCCACAAAAGUGGCUUAAAGGUAUCAGAGUAUGACCUUCCCCGAGAAGCUACGGGUCCUUUUGUUCUGUCUGGGUACAGUGGCUACAAGCAAGUCCAGUUCCCACGAGGACGGCUUUUUGCUUUUGACUCUGAGGGCAAUUACAUGUUGACAUGUUCUUCUACYGGGGGAGUAAUUUUUAAGUUAAAUGGUGAGGAAAAGGUUCUGGAGAGCUGCCUUUCCCUGGGAGGACACCGAGCUCCUGUUGUCACAGUGGAUUGGAGCACAGCCAUGGACUGCGGGACUUGCCUCACUGCUUCUAUGGAUGGGAAAAUUAAAUUAACAACCUUACUGGCUCAAAAGUCUUAACCUGGACAGUACUGAAGGGGGAAAGAGCAGUAGACUUGACAAAACCAGUGUUAACUCACAGGAACAAACUGCAUGGGAGAGAUGGCAAAGUCCCUCUUCUCAUUGUAGCUUUUGCCUCUUGAUAAAUAUGUUCGCCAAAGCACUGUGCAACAGAAUGCCAGUAUGGGACUGGAUCAGUGGCAGCACUGAAAAAAUAAGUCUCCACUAAUCCAUUGUGGCAGCUGGACUUCCCUCUGUUAGGAAGUCUUGAGUAGCAUGUGGCUGGAAGGCUGGGGUCAUGCCAGGGUUCUGCAGAAGGAGGUAAGGCUAGAGGAGGCAAGCAUGAGGCAGCACAGUGCAUGAUGAUGACUCAAACUGGAAAGGCUGAUGCAAAACCAGAGUAUUCUUUGGGUAUUGUAUGUAACAACAUUUGUUGUUAUGAUUUUGUUAGUUUGUUUUUAUUUGUUUUUUCCAUAAAAAGAAAAUAUUCCCUUGCACUUGA